AACAGAAAAGUGACGGCAUGACUAUCAAUCAGUCUCCUUUUUUUUGAGAAUCAGUUCAUCAAUUCGCGCAAUUCAUCAUUCUGUUCAAUUCUUCAUGAUAUUUCUACUUUUUGUUGUUUUUCCAUUUGUAUAUGCACAGCUUUUGCCAGAGUUAUUAGCAGGUUUGUGUUCCAAUUUCGCAUUUUUGUCGGCUAACACUUUUUAUUGCAAUUUUUUCAGGUUUUCAGAAUGGAAGGUUUAGAGGGGGACCCGAUGGUUUUAAUAGAGGACCUGGAGGGUUUCAUCGUGGACCUGACGGCUUCGGGGGAGACCCUCGUGGCGGUGUAGACCUCGGCCACUUGAUUGGGAAUAUUGCUGCAAAUGUUGGUCAAGAAAUGGGUCUAAACGAUGCUGAUGUUAUUGGAGAUUUAAGAGGAAUCUCUCGAGGACCCCGACCAUCAUCCAUGGAGUGGGGACGGCGAGCCCGGCAUUUCUGCAGGAGAUAUCCGGGUCAUCCAAAAUGUCAGCGAGGACAACUUCCACAGUUUACUGAUGUUCCGACUAUUAUCAACACUAUUAUCUACAACGCGGGAGAUCUUCUUCCACGAGUUCCUACCCUAAACAUCCAUGACCCGUUGGCUGGACUAAACAGCGAACUGGUUGGAUUCAUCAAGAGUCUUCAGUCACAAUUUGGACAACUCAGUUCCCAACAGAGAAACGAGAUUCACGAUUCAUGCAGAUCAUUCAAGUGCGAUCAGCAGUCUCCUCAGAACACACAGGCAAAGCAGGAGCUAUUGACAAAGAUGCUCGCCUUCGAUCAAGCGGUUGGCGGUAAAGCUGCUCCGGCUCAUGACAAGGUGAACCUCCGAUUCGACAGAACUCAGCAAGUGAAACAGGCAUUGCUCAAAAGAGCAAAUUUGUCGCAUAUUAUCGUUCCAGCUGACAAUGGAGUCUUCGACAGAGAUGUGUUGCUCACCGAGCAUCAGGCUAACUUCCUGCUCAAUGAGCUCGGCGAGGCCGGGCGUGGAGCAGAUGUUGGAGCAGGAGGAGGUGGUGGUGGACGAGUUCCAAGAUCCGGAGUUUUCUUCCAAGAAAGUGCGGUUCAGAAAUGGGAUAUUUGGAAGCCUAUUCAGUAUACUUUGGAUGAUUCAUUAGAAGAAUCCGACAAAAAAGACAUCCGGGAUGCUCUACACGAAAUUUCAAUCAACACCUGCAUCCUAUUCAGGUACAAUGCAACGCCAAAAGGAUAUCACUUGAAUUAUAUGAAAGUUGAUAGCACGACCUUCUGCGGUCUAUCCUACGUGGGACGGACCGAUCCGGCCAACCCGAUUUACUUGAGCUUCCAGUGUGGGGAUAAUCGAGGAGUUGCAAUGCACGAAACAAUGCACGCGUUGGGCGUCAGUCACCAACACUUGAGACUCGACAGGGAUAAGUAUAUCAAGAUCGACUGGUCAAACAUCGACCCCCAACACUAUGACACAUUUGCGAUAUCCGACGCGAAACUGUACACAUCCUACGGUACCAAGUACGCCUACGACUCUAUAAUGCACUAUAACGCAUAUCUCGGCGCCAAGGACCCCAACAAGCCGACGAUGAUCCCGUUGGUGAAUCCACAGGAGAACACCCCGAAACUGGGUCAACGAGCCAAACUGACCCGCGGCGACAUCCGGUUGCUCAAAAAAAUGUACUGCCGUCCGGGAUGUGACGAUCAGAAUGUGCACUGCGGCACGUGGGCUCUGCAUGGCUAUUGCAAGAUGAAGGAACAAAUGAAAUGGAUGAAUGAGAAUUGUAAAGCUAGUUGUGAUAAAUGUUGAGGAUUCUCUA